GCCAUUUUUCUGAAAUCGGCAAAAGUUUGAGCAGAAUGCUGAAACUAAUGUUCCCAUGUGCAGCUCAAACAAUUCUCAGUUAACGGAAAAUGGCAUCGACUGUUUGUACAAUCUGCACAUUUGUGCAUUGCUGAAUUUGUUUGAGCACCAAGUUCUAGCGUUGGAUUUCUGCACAGCUCAAACUUCUUAUCAAUGAGUUUGAUGUUGCAUUCCAUGUUGUCUGAUUGUUGUUGUCAUCUGGAUUCUGUGAAGUGAAUAAUUAUACAUCAUCAUGGAAGUUGAUCCAAGUAGUUCUCCGCCUAUUGAAGAGAAUUCAAUUGCUGAUGAAAAUCAAGGGGAUAAUUCUAAUUCAACUCCUGGUUCAAAUGAACAAGUGACGGAAAGUGGCACUCCUGCCGAUGACUACUCUGAAUUAUGGCAGAACUUCAAAUGUGUUUUUUGUAACCAUGAGUUGAAACAAAUAAUUAGACCAAAAUUGUUACCGUGCCUUCAUACUGCAUGUGAAUCUUGUUUAGCUUCAGAAUCAAAUUCGGAAUCAUCAGGAGCAUCAUCAUCUGCUGUUUUUAACCAUUUAAAAUAUGAUGGCAAGUUUCUUUUACCUACAAAAAGAUUAAAAAAGACAGGUAGGAAAAAAGCUAACGUUGGAUAUUAUCUUGGAGGGAAUAAGCUCACUUGUCCUGCAUGCUCUCAAGAAAUUAAUAAUGAAGAAGUUGUUGAUCAUUUGUUCCUUAUUGAAUAUAUUCAGAACUCUGAGAGCUUGCCAGAAGAAAAUAGUUUUCCAUGUACUAGUUGUGAAGAAGGAGCUGAAGGCUCAGGAUUUUGUCAAGAAUGCCAAGAAUGGCUAUGUGAUACUUGUAUUAGUGCCCAUCAUCGGGUACGGGUGACGAAGGAUCAUACAGUACGUCCUAAGGAAGAGAUGGAAGGUGAAAAUAUCGCUAGCCGAAAUCAGAAGUAUUUAUUCUGCCAAACACAUUCUCAUGAACAAUUGAAGCUUUAUUGUGAAACAUGCGAUAAAUUAACAUGUCGGGAUUGCCAAUUGUCAAACCAUAAAGAACAUAAGUAUCAAUUUUUAGCAAAGGCUUGUGAAGAAGGAAAAGGGUAUAUUGCUGAACUUCUACCAAGAUUAAAACAAAAGCAAGAACAAGUUUUGGAAUCGAGUAGCAAUCUUAAUAAAACACAUGAAGAAAUUAUUGAACGAGAAAAAGAGAUCGUACAAGAAAUGAAAACAUUUGCUGUUAAGUUUGUUACGGAUAUAAACAAAAGAACGAAAGCACUUCUACAAGAUUUAAGCAAAGUUUGUACGGAAAAGAAAAACAAUCUAAAUGCGAGGAAUCAAGAAUUGUCUUCAGUUGCGGAGAGAAUGAAACACUGUCAAAAAUUUAUACAAGCUGCUUUGACCCUUGGUAGUGAAACUGCUUUGGUUUACAGUAAGAAACCAAUAAUAGCUCAGUUGAGAAAUAUUUUAAGGAGUCGUUGUGAUCCUCCUGCCGCCAAACAAAAGGAUGUUGUGGACAUAGUCUUUAGUUAUGAAACCAAUUUCUUAAGUCAAUAUAUCAGUAGCCUUGGGCAGAUUUUGGUUGACCAACAGCCUAUUCCAGGUGCAACUGCAAAUCAAAAUGCAAUGUUACCAAUGCCACGUACAGCUCAAAGCCCAGUUCUUAAUAAUUCUGCACCAGUUCCACGACAGCCACCUUCUGUUAUGCAAGUUAAUCAACAGCAACGUAUGAUGCAACAAAUGAAUCAACGUCCUGUGCCACAAAUGAAUCAACAAGCAAUGGCUCCUUAUGGUCAACCUCAAGUUACUUCUUCCACAGACUUAAAUCGCAGUCAUCAAAUGAGGCAGAUUAACAAACAGUUGCAAUACAAUCGUAAUCAUAUGCAACGGGCUAAUGUGCAGCAAAAUCCGCAAGCUGGUUUUGGCAUACAAGGAAGCGGUACUAUUAAUCCUAAUCAAAUGUUACAGCAGUCUGUUGCUCAACAAAUGAGACAACAUCCUCAGGUACAGCAACGACAGCAACCACAACAACAUCAGCAAAUACAGCAUCAACAAAUGCAGCAGCAGCGGCAACAACAGCAACAACAACAACAUCAGCAGCAGCAGCAGCAACAGAUACAGCAAUCAAAUUUUAACAAUACUGCACAACUGCCUAUUCCUUUGAGACAAAAUAAAAGUAUAUCUGUUACUGCUGUACCGAGUCCUUCCGGCCCUUCUCCAAAUAAACAAAGAGCCAUUGCUCCAAGAAAUAUGAACAUGAGUGUGGUAACUAAUCAAGCUAGCCCUUCGGUACACCGUUCAAAUAGUAAUCAAUCGACUCCUCAACGUUCAAAUGCUCCACAACUCAUUGUUUUAGAUGAUCAACCAAAUCAGAAAACUCCAACUAUGUCUAAUACUACCAGACUUUCUCAUUUUCCUAGUAAUAUAGCUGCCACAUUAGCAGCUAAUCAUCCUAACCUUCAAAUACAACCUGCAGGUUUUAAUAAUUCAAAUUUACAGAAUCAAAUACUAGUUAAUAUUCCUCCGGGCUCUCAAGCAAAUAUCCUUACUUCUGAAAACCAAACUGCCCUCUUAGCUGCAUUACGUCCUGCCAUGAUGACAUCAAAUAAUCUUAAUCAUCCUGCCAUUCAGCAUGUAAAUCCACCUCCACCAUACUCAUCGCUUGUGAAUCGAUUGAAUUCUCCCACAGUCAUUUCAAGUCAAAUACCGAUCAGGUUUACCCAACCAAUUCAACUUGCACCUCAAACUAUUCUUACUCCCAUCCCUUCUACUCCUCCUGCUGUUUCAUCUUCGAACUCAAAUAGCUCAUCAUUCUUAAAAGACUUAUUGUUGCAAAAUACUAUAGACGUACAAUCAUCAUCUAAAAACAAAGCAGUUUGUGAUAAUUCUAAACCAGCUUCUGCAAGUGAAAACAAACAGUUUGUUGAAGAAAGUAAUAGUCAGGGACAAGAGGGAAGAGACAGUAGAAUGAGCUGCUCUAGCUCGUCCAGUGAUGAACUACCAUCUCUUGAUUCAAUUUUUGACGACGAACCGAAAGACAUACAUGUCACUACUUCGAAAGCAAAGAAUGUGACUAUUGUUCCUAGUCCCAAUACUUCUGUAAAGAUUACAGCUGUUGGAGAAUCUCCUGGUGCCAUCUCAAUUCCUUCAGAUGUCAAAGAAUCUCCUAAUGAAAGCUCAGCGCCGUCUGAUGUCAAAGAAUCUUCUAGGGAAAGCUCAGCGUUGUUCGAUGCAAAAGAAUCUUCUAAUGGGAGCUCGGCUGUGUCUGAUAUCAAAGACUCUUCUAGUGGAAGUUCAGGUACAUCGGACGUCAGAGAAUCUUCUGACAGCAAAUCAGCAAGCGGUAGUUCUUUCAAUCUAGUUCAGUACUUUAAAGAAAACUGUCGAACUGAUCCGAACGACGAUUAUUGUGCGGUAUGUAAAGAUGGUGGGGAAUUAGUUUGCUGUGGAUUUUGCCCCAAAGUGUUUCAUUAUGGAUGUCAUGUACCACCAAUACCGGUAUCUCUUAGCAAUAGACAUGAAGAGUGGCGAUGCAGAUUGUGUGUAGAUAUCUUGCAAGAAAGCAUACCAAAUGAAAACUUGAAGCGAAAGACACUUGACUUAAACGGUCGAGAUUUAAUGAUCUGUGAAAGGAUUCUCUUAGAAAUUUUGUGUCAUCCCAACAGUGCGCCAUUUCAUCACAGAGUUAAUAAAAAAGUUCCAAAUUAUUACAGAAUAAUUAAGAAACCCAUGGAACUUGAAACAAUGAAGAUGAAAAUAGCUCCAUCCCAUUUCGAACAUUACAAAACUGUGGAAGAAUUUAUUGAUGACAUGAUCCUUAUUUUAAGCAAUUGUUACACUUAUAAUCCAAAAGAUUCAGCUUUGUAUACAACAGGGAAACAAAUUGAGUUAUUUUUCAAAAAUCUUUUAUUGGAAUAUCUGCCAAAAUAUGCGUCCUAUUUCUCAGACGAUAAGUUACUUCCCAAAUCUGAUUUGGUCUCCACACUUGUCCAAUAAUUUUAUUCUUCAUAUUUUGCCUUAAAAGUGUUACAUAGCAUAUUGUGAAUACGAGUUGUCAAGUUUUGAUCAUUUCUCCAUUCUUUUUUCUUUUCACAUUAAAUGUUGUGGGUAAUAUGUGUCGAUUUGAUAUUGCGAAGAUUUGUGGCUUUAAAUAAAUGGAAAUAUUUAUUUUACACUUUAGUUCAAUAUAAAGAAGAGCCCUGUUAUACUUUUAUAUAUGUGUUUUUGUAUGUACUUGUAGUUUUAUGUUUAGAGUGCAAUUAAUAAGAAC